AUGGCUUCGAGCGAUCAGAAUGCGUGGUUCUCUGAACGGCCCGCCCUGUUCUCAUCUUUGGACGCACUCAUGGCUCCCGGCCCAUCUAACACUUUCAGUUCUCGCCUGCCGCCCAUCCCAGAGCAGGGGUGGGAUCUUCAGUGGGAAGAAAACAUGUUUCCCCUACCAGAGCCGUACGAGGGCUUCGAGAAGGCCUCCACUGCGGCCGUCGAGUCCGCUGCCCACGAAAUCGCACCGCCCCAGACACACGAGGAGCUGGCCAAGUUGCAAGACGAGGUCCGACAGCUGCGCCACGAUAUCUCAGAGCUUCAUGGCAUGUUCUGCAAGCGGCUGGACAGCAUGGAAACAAGCAUUGGCGUGGCGCAACGCUAUGUCAACGACCUGGUGCCCUGGUCGAUGAAAGUCCAUGAGAAUUAUUCGAAACUACUAGCGGUGGCAAUGAAGCAGGAGAAGCGAGCGACAGACGGUGCUGUAUGA